AUGGCGCCUCCCCCUGCAGCCGCCGCGGCGGGUGCGGCUGGAUCUUCACAACGCCAGUCGAUGGGGCCACCCCCGUCCUCCUCUUCUGGAGCGUCUCAACAAGCGGCGGGCGCGCCCGGCGCUAGCUCGUGUGCGUCUGUCCGCACGCCCUCGUCUUCGCCUCCACGUAUCGCCUCUUCGACGUCUCCCCUUAUCGCGGCGAGUCGCUCGACGGGGGCGUUCACGGCUCCUUACGGGCCUCCCCUGGUAGACGCCCCGCCGCCCUCCUCCUCGGGCGCCCCGAGUGUGUCUCUGCCUCCUCCGUCUCCUGGACGUUUUUCGGGUCCAGGCAACACGCCGUCCUCCGCGGGCCUCCUUCCGCAGGUUCAGCCGCCCUUGGGAGGGGGUGGCUCGGCGCCGGCACACGGCGCACCAGGAGGCGGUGUGAGUCGACAGAGGGCAGGGGGAGGCGACCGAGGGGGCUCGGGCGCGCCUCCGGUCCUCACUUACGGCGGAGCACUCCCAGGCACAGGCGGGAACUCUGCACUCUCGGGGUCGCGCAAUGGGGGAGGCGGAGGGGGAGGCACUGGAAGUCUGAACGAGCCCCCAGGCGGAGGCGGAAGAGGCUUCGGGACUCAACCGCAGUCUGUUUUAGGCGGGGUGCAAGAGUUGCCGCACCUACGAGGGAAUGGAGGAAGUAACCCUGCCGCUUUGUUCUCGUUCGCCAACACUCCGUCUUCGUUCUCCUCCCCGGUGGCGGCGCCGCAGGUGCCGGGAGCCCCUGGGCGGCCGCCGCCGAGGUCCCCAGCAGCCGGCGAGAACCGGGUAGUGCCCUCUGGCGCAGGACUCGCCCACACGCACCAUAAGUGGCGAGGCGGGGCGGCCGGCGCCGCGCAGGGAGGCGGUGGGCUGAACAACAACGGCAACGGGAGCCAGGGGAACUCGAAUACGCAGAGGUUGUACAAAACCAAUCUCUGCCCCUGGUUCCCCCUGGGGCGCUGCACACACGGCGAUCAAUGCAGCUGGGCACACUCCGAACAUGAACGUCGCGGCUUUGCGGGAGGAUCCAGAAGCCACGUGGGGGGUGCCCCUCCAGCGAGUGGAGCCCCCGGCGCAGGCGGGGACGGAGGAGGCAGAGGACGAGGAGGGAGCGCGGGUAUCGCCGGCCCGGUGGGUCAGCCGCACGAUGGGCUCGUGCCUCCCGGCGCCGUAGGGCUGGGAGCCGCGGUGCUCGAAGGACCAGAAGGCCACGGCGUCAACAACGCCGGCGUCGUUCCCCAAGGGCAGCACCACGGGGUCAGCGGCCCGAGGGGCGGAGGCGCCUUAGGCGCAGCCCCAGGAGGCGUGGCAGGAACGGAGGGGUCCGCUGCGGGGGCGCUGUUGAGUGACGGCGCCUUAGGGCCCGAGGCGCCUCAGAACCGUGCCGGGCAUGUUGGCGGCGGGAGCGCUCGGGGUUCAAGUUCUGGCUCCCCGUACCAACCUCACGCGCCGCACCCGCGCGGUGGAGGCGGCGAGGCGGGAGGCCUGGCAGGCGGCAGAAACAGCGGAGGCCCCGUGUACUCUCACCACACCAAACGAGAGAACCACGAACACGCGCCCGACGCGGUCUCCGGCGGCGCGUCCCGGAACCGCGGGGCCCCUGGAGCGGGAGACCGACCCACCCACGGGCAGCACUUCAGCGACAACUCGUGUCCCCCAGUCCUCUUCGAGGGAGGCGGGGCUCACAUUGGAGGGUCAAAGAAUUCAAGGGACGUCGGUGGAGGCAUUCUCGGGACGGGACAUGCUGGAGGAGACAUGCGAGGCGGCGGAGACGGCCACGGAGGCGCCUACCACCACGGAGCGGCGGGGGGGCUGUCUCACGGGCCUGAUAAACGGAGACUCUGCCCCUAUUUAUCGCGGAAAAACGGCUGCUACAAAGGCGCGGACUGCCGAUUCGCACAUUCAGAGGAAGAAGCCGUGAGCGCCGCCCUGAGACACCAGGCUGCCAUCAGUGGAGGCGGCGGCUUAAACACUUUUGUAGGGUCCCCCGUGGCUGCGUCUGUGGCCGCGCGUGGAUGCGGUGCGGAAGAUGUCCGAGUUGGUGAAGGGCCAGGCGACCCAGCUGGUGGGGUCCUGCUCCCUCAUCAUCAAGGGGGCGAAGACAGUUCCCUGGUGAGAGUGUGCACGGGUUUUGAAGGGGCGGGACUGCAACCUGGAGUUGCCAACUUGCCCCCUCAGACUCUUCCAGGCACGGGGGAUGAUGACGCAGCCCCGCGCGUAGAAGGGAACCAAACAACGGGCACAGCCGCUUUACCCGCCGGAGGUUCUGAAAGCGGGGAAAAACGACUUUUAGCUGCGAGUGGAGGCGGAGGUGGAGCGACGUCAGGCACAGGGACUCGUGGUAGCUCUCCGGCGCUGCCUCCGGGGGCUGGAGCGGCGGGCGGGGCCCCUUUGCGAGCAGGGACAGUGCCGCCGUCGUCAGGAGCAGCGCCAGGGAUCCAUCCCUCUGGCGCCAUGCAGUCUUCCCAGACACAGGGCCCCAUAGUCACUGGCUCUCACAGUCUCCGUAGAGGCUCGCAUCAUGGUCAGCGUGCCGUGUCUUCCCCCCAGCCAGGGCCAUUGAGCGGCAGCGGUGCCUCCCCUGGUUCGUCCCGAUCGCGCCAACAAGCUCCUGGUAACGCCGCGGGCUUGGCGCCCAGAGGCCAUCUGCCCCCACAACAGGCCCCUCAGAAUCCAAUGGACAACGCCGUGGCGGCAGCCGCUGCAGCCAUGGGAGGGCAAGGCGCUGUUCCCGGCAUGGCUGCUGUACGGAUGCCACCAAACCCUGCGAGUGUGGGAUCCUAUUGGCUACAAGUGCUGCAUGCGACUCCACAUCCGCUCCCGCACACGGCCCAAGCUGGUGCGCUGCUUGCGCCCGGCGGAACUGCUGGGCCUGCUGGGCCGUUGGGCGCCGGAUGCCUCCCUCCGUUUGGAGGCGGGGGGCCAGUAGCCGCGCAGCCUCAACAACACGCGUUGAUGAUGGGGGGUGGGGGGCAUCACGGCGGCCAUCCUGGAGCAGGAAUGGUGCCUCCAGGAGCCCCGCACGGAGUGUUUUUGGCCUCGGGGACGCCCGCAGGAGGUCCGGCGGGUCCCGGAAGCAGUGGAGGCGUUGUCGGCGUGUUGCGUGUGCCAGUGAUGCAGUUUCUGGCCUCUACGGAAGAACUCAAUGCAGCAGCCCCUUUGUUUUACGAGGACUAA